UACCAUGGUAGAGGUACCUAUCAUUAAACCUACUUUAUACCUCUAGUACCUUCCAGUCGCACGCACUGUCGGCUGUCGCAGUCUGUAAAGAAACCUUGUGUUGCGUGGUCGUGUCUCCCGAGCAGCUCAACAGUAAACCAAGAAUUGGGGCGAGUCAGCAGUUGAAGCAGCAUGUCUAAGAAAAGCGCGUUGGAGCCGACAAUGGCGCCGGGCCCGGCGGAGCCUACCGAGUCAACGCCUCUCGUGCCAAAGCUGGGUUCGGAGGAUGGUGCAGGAAAAGGCGGUAAUGGUGGAGGACUGUCCGUGAACCAGACUGCCUUCUUGGUGGCUGGAGAGAUGGUUGGCAGCGGAGUUCUGGCGCUGCCUCGAGCACUCGUCAAGACCGGCUGGGUGGGUGUCCCUGUUCUGGUGCUGACUUGCCUCGCUGCAGCCUUCAGCGGCAAGCGCCUCGGUGACUGCUGGACCAUGAUCGAGAGGGGAGACCCUGAGAUGAGGACCAGGAAACGGAAUCCGUACGCCAUUAUCGCUGAACAGUCUCUGGGAAAGACGUGGAGCGUGGCGGUGUCCCUGGCUAUGAUGGUGACGCAGUUCGGCGUGGCGGUGGUGUACCUGCUGCUGGCUGCGCAGCUGCUGGAGCAGGUGUUCCUGUCGCUGGCGCCGGCCGUCUCCAUCUGCAUGUGGUACCUCGUCGUGGUCGGCGCCAUGACGCCGCUCAUGCUCUUCGGCACGCCCAAGGACUUUUCGUUCUUGGGAGUUAUAGCGUUCUUCUCGACCGUAGUCGCGUGUAUCUUGUACUUCAUCCAGAUGAUGAGUGAUGUCCGUCCGUUCGUGUUCCGCUGGGGCAUCCACGGCUUCAGCGAUUUCUUCCUCGCGAUGGGCAUCAUCGUGUUUGCGUUUGGCGGGGCUUCUACGUUCCCCACCAUACAGAACGACAUGGCUGACAAGACAAAGUUUAACAAGAGUCUGCAGUAUGGUUUCACCGCAAUGUUGGCCCUGUACCUACCUAUUGCGACGGCGGGUUACGCGGUGUACGGAGAGUCAGUGGGUUCUAACUUCGUCACGUCGCUCUCUCCCACGGCGCUGACUCUGGUUGGCAACGUGUUGAUGUCCAUACACCUUGUGUGCGCGUUCAUCAUCCUCAUAAACCCCGUUUGCCAGGAGUUGGAGGAGCUGUACAGCAUUCCCAGGGAUUCCGUGGGCUAUCGCGCGCUUGCGCGUCUGUCUGUGAUGGCGGCCAUCUUGUUUAUCGGCGAGAGCAUCCCGCGUUUCUACACCAUCCUAGCGCUAGUGGGCGGCAGCAGCGUGGCCUUGCUCACCCUCGUACUGCCCUCCUACUGCUACCUCAAUCUCGUCGCGCGCCCGCCCGCUGAGGGCCAGCAGCCAACAGAGACACCCAGCUGGGUGAAGUUCGUCUGCUGGGAAAUCAUCGUCGCGGGCAUCGUCGUGGGUGUGGCGGCCACUUGCAGCGCUCUCAGCGCCAUCUUCAGCACGUCGAUGGCCACGCCGUGCUAUCUGAAGUGAAGUGACGGCGCCCGCUGACCCGCUGUCGCUGCCAGUGUCACACACAUCACAGCAGUGCGGGGAGGCGCACAGUUCAACGGGAGAAUCGGGCAUAUAACAAAUAUUAAAUACAUGUAGAAGUACAAACAAGAAGUUACUACUACUUUGUUGAAGUUAUGUUAAAUGUAUAAAUUCAAUUAUUCUAAUCUAUACAAAAAGAUUUUGAUGAUAUUUUACUAUUAUAUAUUGAGAUAAUAUAAGCAUUAGAUGUAUAAUUGUAUAGUAAAUACAUGAAAUUAAUUAAGAAUACGUCCUAUAUCUUGAAUGCGGAUCAUCAAUUUAUAUCCAAAUUGACGAACUUUAAAAAGAACAACUCAAAAUUAAAAAAUAAAUAAUUCGAAAUUAAUUUAAAAUUUUUAGUUGUUCUUUUAGAGUUUGUCAUUUUCGACAUGUACUCUUAAAAUGUACUCGUACUUUUAAACUUUCAGACUAAAGAUUCUGACUAAAGACUCAUUGGACCUAUCCCGCAUCCGAUGCGAUGAAGCUGUGAUGAUUAGGCGCCGAAGGGGUCUAAUUCCUUAAGUACAACUAGCUAUUGUUAUAAACGAAGUAUAUGUUCAUGUUAAUCUUUAUUUUUAACUUAACAAUAUAAUUUGCGUUAUAUGAAAGCCUCUACCAAUAUAUAUAUAUGUUGCGCUAUUGCAACGACCACAUCUCUUGCAUUUCUCGACUGUUUGCAGCAAAUGGGUGGUGUACCUACUUGUUACAAACACAAUAUUUGUACAAUUCUUAGUAACUUCAUAGAUACGUGCAAGCUGAAUUUUCAUAGACUCAACGUUUGAGUAACUACUGCGGCUUUUUGGUACUACAAUUUAAGGAUCCAGAUCGUCAAGUAUAAAACGUAAUAUAUUUAUAUUUUCUACAAAAUAUCAUGCUCUUAAUGACCCUAGUUGACAGACACAACUUCUUAUAACGUUUGAAAUUUCAAUAUUUCUAGUGUUUUUCAAAGAACUACCAAAAGGCUGAGUGACUGGCGCCUAGGGACAUUAUUUUCCAUAUUAUACCGAAAAAUAUAUAUAACUUUAUAACCUCAGUAGCUCAACGUUAAGAGUCUGUCACAGUCUUUCCCGACUAACUGGAGGGAAAUGGGAAUGUUGGUCAUAUUUAAAAAGAUAUGGCAAAUAUUCUUUUUUUUAAUUAUACUUACUCGUACUUAAGAUAAGAAACUAGGAGCAUCUCGAAGUUUCAGCUUUUAUCCAAAUCAAGCGUGACUGUUUGUAAAGACUAUCACCGGUUCGGAAGGCAGGUUCUGCUGAGGCAAGGCAAGAGGAAUGUCUGACUAAACAAGCGCGGCUCGUUCUAUCAUAAAGAGAACGCAGUCUCAUUUAGUCAUUGGUUACUAACAUAGUUCGUAAUUAUAUGAUCAAUGUUAAUAAUAUCAAAUAAAUAAAUAAUUAUAAUUAUUAAUCAGUACAUAACUAUGUACUAGAUUAACUGGUCUAAUUGUAGUCUCUACAACAUUCAUAUUAAUUGAAUUUAUCUAUAAGAAAACGAGUUUUUAGUAACUUAAUACAUAAUACUUUUGAGACCUGUUUCCGAAUAGAAAUGGUUCCGCAUGAGAACUUCAACGUUGCUUGAUUACACUUGGCAAUCGAAUUUUUAUUGUCUCUUCUCUCCAAAAAAAUAGUGCUAAAAAUCAGAACACGAGGUAUACAGGACUACGCUAUUUACAAAUAGGUACUGUAUUAAAGGCGUGCAUUCGAUAGAUGUCAGAAGGCGCCUAUCCAGAGGACUGACUCAAUACGAAAUAAUCUUCCAUUUUGUAUAAUUUGUAUAGUGUCUAGUUGAGAACUUUGUGCACGCCACAAGCAUUACACCUACCUGCUAUACUCUGCGCAGUUCACCAGCAGCAUGAUGGCAAACUUCAGUGACGACUGUUUUUCUGGCUAGAAUUAUAAGUUCUGUACCUACACACUAAAAUAUAGAUUUAGAUGUACCUAGCUACUAUUGUUCUGAUAAAUAAACGUUUAAUAUAAAAAUUAA